AUGACUGCUGCUGCUACAAAGCAACCAGCUGCUGCUGCUGCAGGAGCAGCAGCACCUGCUAAUGCCGCUGCUUCUACGACAGGGGUGGGGUCCGGAGCAACAGCCGCGACCCCACCUUCGGCAUCAUCAGCAGCAGCAGCAGCACCAGCAGCAACAGCAACAGGAACAGGAGCAGCGCCAGCAGCAACAGCAACAGGAGCAGCAGCAGCAGCAGCAACUCGCCAGAAGGAUACGAAGGCUGACAUGAGCCUUCAAUCGAUAUCUGCUGCAGCAACACAUCGCUACGUGCCUGUUAAGCUGAUCAGCAACAGCAGCAGCAGCAGCAGCAGCAGCAGCAGCAGCAGCGGGCUGCAGGAUGGAGGCGUAGACCGCAGCAUUCUAAUAGACCCGUACAGACAGUGCGAUUUGCACACAACAGAGAAAAACUUCUCGCAGCUGCUAGUAGAGAGAUUAGAGGCCUGGCGGCUGCGAUGUCUCCCGUAUCUUCCCCUGGCGCUGCAAGAGGGAGGCAUAGAGGACCAGCUAGUCUCAUGCAGCAGCAGCAGCAGCAGCAGCGACUCUAGCGACAGCAGCAGCAGCAGCAGCUGCUGCUGCUGCUGCAGCUGCGUGCGAGCGGUAGAUCUGGACGUCAUCUUUGUUUCUGUGUCUCCGGAGACAGAAGCAAAACUCUCUCUCUUCUUCUUUGAGUUUGUCUACUGUGUCUCCUGGGGUUUGCUGCAGCCUGCAGCAGCUGUCUCCUUUCUGCAGCAGCAGCUGCUGCCGCGCGCUCUGCUGCAUUUGCUGCAGCUGCUGAAGGACGUACAUGACCUAGCAAGGCAGAGACUCAUCAAGCAGCAAGAUGCAGCAGCAGCAGGAGAAGCUGCUGCUGCUGCUGAGGCGGGUUUAAAGGUGAAGGCGGAAUGUUCUAACGAAAGCACUGCAGCAGCAGCAGCAGCAGCAGGAACAGCAGCAGCAACAUCGGAAUCUCCUGCUGGCGAAGGGGAAAAGCGCUUGGUGGAUGAGAGCUCUACGUCUGCUGCUGCUCCAGCAGCAGAAGGAGCUGCAGCAGACACAGCAGCAGCAGCAGCAGCAGCAGCAGCAGCAGCAGCAGCAGGGGCCUCAUCAUGCGCGAAGCAUGCCAAGAAGGAGACAGACACUCGAAUGGAGGGCUGUGUCUCCUUUGCUGCUUGUUUCUCUGGUUCGCCUUCUCUAUCAACGCUUGAUAUAAAUAAAGCAGCAGCAUUUGCUGCUCACCUCUUAUGCCCAGGGAGUCCCUUGCAGGAGAACAGCAGCAGCAGCAGCAACAGCAGCAGCAGCAGCAGCAGCAGCAAAACAAAGGGAGGCCUGCUGCCGCAGCCUUUUCUCGCUCUGCUGCUGGAUGCUGUCUCUCAGUGCGCGGAGAACAUCGCAGGAACAGCAGCAGCAAACACAGCCAGAAAAGCGAGAACCAACCUGGCGG